CCGCCCCCGACGGCGGUGGAUGUGGGCCCGCCGCCGCGGUCCAUGGGCCUGCCGCCGCCGGUGAGCGGCGCCGCUGGCGGUGGCGGGCCUGAGGCGGGAGGUGCCCCAGGAGGCGCCGCCGCCGCCGGCCCGCCGGCCGCCGCCCUCGCGACCGCUGCGCCGCCCCAGGACCUCGAGAAGCUCACCGUGGUCCAGCUGAAGGGCCGGCUGAAGGAGGCGGGCCUGCCGGUGUCUGGCAACAAGGCCGAGCUGGUGGCCCGCCUGCAGGGCCUCGCCAGCGCUGCCGGCGGCGACGAGGACACCGCCCCUGGAGCCCCUGCGGCGCCCGCCGCAGAGGCGACGCCGGCCGCAGCGGCGCCGCCCACCGCGGAGGCGGAGCCCCCCGCUGCAGCGGCGCCCGCCGCAGUGGCGCCGCCCACCGCGGAGGCGGACCCCCCUGCUGCAGCGGCGCCCGCCGCAGCGGCGGCGGCCGCCGCAGAGGCGCCCGCGGCGGAGGCGGUUCCCGCUGUGGAGGCGCCCCCCCCCGCAGGGGCGGCGCCCCUCGCAGCAGAGGCGGCGCCCGCCGCGGAGGCGGCGCCCGCCGCGGAGGCGGCGCCCGCCACAGAGGCCGCGCCCGCCGCGGAGGCGCCAGACGACGGCACGCCCGCCGCGGGCGGGGCAGCCUGCACGGACGCCUCUGCCGUGGAUGCUGAUGCGGGCGCGGCGGCGGCCCCCGCCGCGUCGCAGGAGGCCCCCUCGGCUCCCAGCAGCGUCAGCCUGGCCGACAGCGCGCCGCCGGAGGCCGCGCCGGACGGGGUCCCCGGCGGCGGCGGCGGCGCCUCCCAGCCCGGGGGCGGCCGGGCAGACGUGGACGCGGUGAUGCAGGCCGUGCUCGCCAGCCUGCCGCCGGGCGAGGAGCGAGAGCCCGCCGCCGGCCAGGGCACGGAGCCCGUGGCGCCCAGGCCCGGCGGCGCCUCGGCCCCAGAGGAGGCGGAGGGCACGGCUGCCCAGGACCCGGCCGUCCAGGCCGCGGCUCCAGCAGGCGCGGCCGCGGAGCGCGGCGGCGGACGCGGCGCGGGCUCAGCGGCCCCAGCAGCCGGGGCUGUUCCCAACCCAGACGACGAGAGCGACGAGGCCGAUCAGCCCGAGCCGUCUGGGGAGGAGCCCUUCAAGGAGCCCGGGGCGCCAUCCAAGGCAGCGGUGCGGCCCCGCGCCGAGUGGGCGGCGCUGAGGGCCGAUUCGUACUGGGUGUUCCCGGAGCCCCCGCAGGGGGGGGAGCCCGACGGCGGCGUGGUGCUGCGCGUGUUCGACGACUCCCGGGAGAUCCUGUCGGUGCCCAUCACCUCCUCGUGCAUGGUGGUCGGCAGUUCGUUGGGCCAGGCUCAUGUUGCAGACUUCAGCCACUACACUGUGAAGGAGCAGCACGCGGCCCUGCUCUUUCAGCCGCCGGGGCUGUUCUCGCUGCAGCCCGUCAACGGCGAGCUCAGCGUGUCCUCUGCCAUCCUUCACGACUGCGUUGUCUCGGCGCUGCAGAAGGAGCGGCGGCCGCCGCCACCAGGCGCGCCGCAGGGCCAGGUCGCCAUGUGCGUCGGGGACCCCCCGCUGCCGCUGGACCGGCAGAGGUGCUGCUUCGUGCUCGCGCGGUCGCAGCUCGUCUUCCUGGUGGACCUGCUGCCCACCGCGGAGAGCGUGCGGAGGCUCGGCAUCGCCCGCCACGUGCUCAGCGCGUUCACUGACGGCGGCGCCUCGCCCUCCCAGGCCCGCGCCGCCCGAGCGGCCGCGGCGGCGGACGCGGCCGAGCCGGACGCGCGUGGCGCGCGGCCGAGGAACGGACUGUUCGCAGGAGUCCAGGACCCAGAGGCUGCGAGGCCCGAUGCGCCGAAGCCGGCCAGGGACAGCACGGACGUCGCCGGCGCCGUGCCUCCAGCGCCGCCAGAGGACGGCACGGACGCGACGGAGGCGCCCAGGCCGCCGCCGGACGGCCCGUCGCCGCCCCCACCGCCCGGGGCCGGGGACGACGACGCGGCCAGCGGGCCGCGGCAGGAGCCACCGGCGGAUGCGGCGGCCGGCGGCGAGGAUGAUGCCAAGGCCAUGCUGCGCCUGAACGAGGCGAUGAGCGAGGCAAAGGACGGGCUCCUCUCGCUCCUGGUCCCCCUGGGCGCUGGCUGA